AGGCUGCGCAUGGAGCGGCGGGUGCUCGGUGUCCUGCGGUUCUUGUAGCCUGCAUGCCCCAGGGAAACAGGUAGCGGUUUUCCACGUUCGCAAGUUAAAGGUGGCACCGGUGAACGUUUUAUUUUCUUGCCUCUGUUAUCUGGACCUUGGCCGCAUAUCCGUGAAUUCACAGCACAAUGCAUAGCGCAGGGUCUCUUGUUCCUUGGAGACUCCAGGCUUGUCUAUCUACUAAGGAUAAAAUCUCAUUUCUGCAAUUCAUUGCUUGCCUGGAAGCUGCAAAUGUCACUGCCCAGCUGCUGCUUCUCUGCAGGAGAAUGCAGUUUAUGUGGAAAAGUGUCGUUUCUACCCUGAAUUACAUGCUGCAAAAACACUGCAUGUCGGGGGGUGCUUUGAUACACUCACACAAAAGUUAAAUGUGCUCCAUUUGCUGGGCAUCGGUGCCCUGGCCUUCCCACCUUACACCCACCUGUCUGCUGCCUCAGAAACCUCACCCUGAGCAAGCAGUUUUCUCCCCAGCAAUGUACAGAACACAGGCAUGCAGCAUGUGCAUGAACAUGGCAGGUUGGCUGUGUGCUCAGAGCUGCUUCUGCAGCAUUUCUGGCCAUGCAUUGUUAACUCAGUUUGGAUCCCUUGGAAAAUUCCAAAUUCAUGCUGAUCUCUAUUUCAUUUGGUCUUCUUCGUUGAUAAUCUUCUUACCCUACCACCUCCUAUGCCCAAUUCCUGAAAUUCGGUUUCUUUGACCAAGUAGUUGAGCACAAAAAUGCCAGUUUCUGUCCCUAAGCACACAAACACCUUUUCAAGUUACAUUUGCUGUCGCUCAGAAACGUAGACCUUGGACUGAAACUAUUUGAAGUGCCUUUAGAAUGACCAGCGUCAGCAGCUGGACCUGCAGCACAUCUAAAGGGAGAACAGAUGGCAACUGAUUUAGUGAAUUCUGUAACACACUCUGGUUUAUGAACUGAGUUUUCAGGACCUGAGGCUUAAUCCUGCCAAUGGGAUGAAUGCUUCCAGUUUGAGCAGCUGUCAAAGGUACUCCUUUACACUACUGAGCCACUACAAAACAAAACAAAACCAAAAAAUCACCAACCAAACCAGAACCCCAAGGGGGUUCUGUGGGAGAAAGGAUGAAACUCAAAACAUAAGGGAAAUUCCUGCCUUUCUCAGGAUAGUCCAGAAUUAUUUAAUCUUCUCAGUGUCUCUCAAAACAUGAGGAUCUGAAAAAGGUGACCAAAGAGCUGGGACUGGGAAUCUCAAUCAACACCAAACACUGGCAGAGUUGGUCUGGAGAUCCACUAGACUAGUAAGAGUUUCAACAGUUUUCUUCCAGCUGACUCUCCGUGCAUAAUGCCAUGGUAUUGCUGUUCAUCCCACACAUGUACAGCCAGCAUCCCCAGCUCACACCUCCAUUCCCCUUACCUUAAUGGUCUCUGUGCCAAGCUAUUUUCCUCAUUGCUAUUUUCUCUUAGACUCGCUGUUCCAGCCUCACAAGGGCCUCCUCCAAUGGCCUUUCUACUCACAGCAAGAUGUUAAGGAGCCUUUCUUUAUGCCAGUGUUUUUAUAUGGGCAGUAAAUCAAAGGACGAGUGGUCUUCACCUAUAAAAAAGUCAGGAGACAUCAGUCUGAAGCCAGCCCCUACAAAAUGACUCUGCAGAUUCUAACUGAUUUAAUGCCUGUCCCCAUCACAUUGCCCUAGAGGUUAUCUUCAAGAAUUUUUGGAUGCAGGCCAUGUUAGUUAGCAUUCACAGUCUUCUGACUCAUGAUUUGACACACACUCUGCAGCAACUGAAAGGAUAUCUGACUAACUGGGAGAGGACAUCUAACCUGUAUGCAGCACUGAAGUGUGAAAACAAUGGAAGUGCACUCAAGGUCAAUUUGGUACCACAGUUUUGGGGAUAUGUAAUUAGAGCAGAAUGUUCUGUGAACUUUAAAGCUUCAAUUACAAGUUAUGAAAUUCAGGACAGGGGAAAGAAGCACACAAAGCCGUGUACUGGAGUUUCCCAGAUCUCAUUUCCCCAGGAAGAAAAUACCCACUGUUUUCUCAUGCAGCCAUUUCAGACAAACUCUUGCCAAGUAAAACUAAGACAACCACUCCAUGUCAGUCAAACCUUGCAGAGAUUUGUCCCACAGUGUCUGAUAAACAAACAAAUCCAGCUAAUUUAAGUGCAUAACCUGCAAAAUGAGUGUGACAUUUCCCAGGAUCCAGCUCCAAUGUAGGGCUCCCCAUGGCCAUCCCUAAGAUUUUUUCUAUGUACCUUUCAAGAUAGCAAUUCUCUGCUGUUUUUUCAUUUGUUUUUAGUUGUGGUGUUGUUUUGUUUGGGUUAUUUGAUCUGGGGGGAGGUGUGAGCUCUGUCUUCCUCAGCAUCUACAUUUCAUUUUCCCAUACAAGCCUUUCAUUUAGUUUUUAUAAUCCAGUGUCUUAGGAAUUCUGGAAGGAUAACUUUUCUUGACUGGCUCUUGUUCAAAUCAACUGACUUCUGACACCAAUUUGUGAUAUUUUUUCUGCACAAGGUCAGACUUACAGAAAAACUGGAAGGAUAAACAAUGAAAACCUGUGCAGCAUGUGCUAUUAUAUUUCCAGAAAGUAAAUAUUGAUUACUGUUGACAUUACUUCUCUUGUAGGCUAUAUCCAGAUCUUUUCCUCAACUUAACAGGAAUUAAAACAGUGUUGACCCAAAGGGCAGAAUGUCAUUCAAAAGAAGGAUCACAUACAGCUCUAUAGAAUAGACGGCAAAGAAGCAAUAGAGGUGAAAAUCCCACAGAGUCACCAAGAUGUGAUGUCCAAUGAUGAGCAGUAAUUACUGCGGCAACACUUCAGCCAGCAUGAGCGUCAGUGAAAUGUCUGCCUUCCCUCUGACUUUGGAGCAAAAAACUGGUUUUGCCUUUGUGGGGAUUUUGUGUGUUUUCUUAGGACUUCUAAUUAUCAGAUGCUUCAAAAUCUUGCUAGACCCCUACAGUAGUAUGCCUUCUUCAACAUGGGAAGAUGAAGUCGAGGGGUUGGAUAAAGGGACCUUUGAAUAUGCUCUUGCAUGAAAAGUCACAUGAUAUCCUGCCUUAAAUUUGAUGUUGAUUUCAUUUUGGAAACCAACUGUUGGUACAUUUGUUACAUAUGCAUACGUACAUUUUGGAGAUGUGUUGGUAUCUGUGGCAUUCAUUUUGUUAAAUAAAUGUUUAUUGCAAACUCA